GAGUCUCAAUCUGUGAUCCAGGCUGGAGUUCAGUGGUGUGAUCAUAGCUCACUGCAGCCUCGAACUCCGGGCUCAAGUGAUCCUCCCACCUAAGCCUCUCAUGUAGCUGGAACCAUAGGUUAUGCAACACCACACCCAGCUAAUUUUUAAAUUUUUUGUAGAUAUGGUUGCGGGUCUCACUAUAUCGUCCAGGCUUCAGCCUCCCAAAGCGCCGAGAUUAUAGAACUGUGAGCUACCACGCCUGGCCAGUUUUGUGGUUUUUAAAAAGCCUUAUUUUAAAUUUUCUAUUUUGUUUUGUAUGGCGGGCACUCACUCCACAGCCACAGUGAUCUCUUGAAAUACUAGUCUGCCCAUGUUCCUACUUUCUCCUUAAUACCAAAAAUAAUCCAAGAUUCUCAGCAGGACUCUGGUGACUUGGCCUCUUUGUUCCUCUCUCCAUUUGCUGCCUCACACUUAUUUAAGUGCUUUCAUAGUCCCAGGGAAGCAAGCUCUAUGUAUGCAUUUCCUCCAGUUGUUUUCUGGGCCUGGAAUGCUAAUCUCAUUUUUCUUUGCCUGGUUAGUAAUUACUUCCUUUUGAAAACUCUGAUGUCAUCUGUCAGAAUACCUCUGUGGUCCUUCAUCUGAGCCCAGGCCCCUGGCCCUCAGCUCUGCGCAUGUCUCUCCUUUCCAUUUUAAAAUCCUCUCCUUUCCAUUUAAUAAACCACAUAGCAUAAUUUUGUUAUUUUGUUUUUAUUUAUUUAUAUUUUUGAGACAGAGUCUCGCUCUGUCACCCAGGCUGAAGUGCAGUGGUGUGAUCUCAGCUCACUGAGAAAACCUCCACCUCCCAGGUUCAAGCGAUUCUCCUGCCUCAGCCUCCUGAGUAGCUGGGAUUACAGGCGGGAGCCAUGGUGCCUGACUAAUUUUUUGUAUUUUUAGUAGAGAUGGGGUUUCGCCAUGUUGGCCAGGCUGGUCUCAAACUCCUGACCUCAGGUGAUCCACCCACCUUGGCCUCCCAAAGUGCUAGGAUUACAGGCAUGAGCCACCAUGCCCGGCCUAAUUUUGUUAUUUUGAUCUAUCAGUGUCCUCGUCCUGAGGGUACUAUUACUAUUUCAUCUUUGUAGCCUAGCAUGGCACCCAUGAAAUGUGUUUGUGGCUGAAAGGAACCUAUCUUUGGUCACCAAUGACCCAACAAUUUCGGCCACAUAUGUUGGGCUCAGACUCCCUAAACUGUCAAAAUCAUGUGCUUAUAAGUGCCUCCAGAACACAAAUCCCUUUCACAGGGCUUGAAAUGUAUCAAGUCACCAUUAAUCAUCUUAGGCCAAGGCUCCAGAACCCGGAGGGGAGAAAGGGGAUUUUUUGUUUUUUUUUUUUGAGACAAGGUCUUGCUCUGGCACCCAGGCCGAGUGAAGUGGUGUGAUAAAGGCUCACUGCAGCCUCGACCCCCAAGGCUCAAGUGAUCCUCCCAACUCAGUCUCCUGAGUAACUGGAACCGGCUUUUUUUCUUUUUCUUUCUUUCUUUUUUUUUUUUUUUUUGUAGAAGCGGGGUUUCGCUAUGUUACCCAGGCUGAUCUCUAGUUCUUGGGUUCAAGCGAUCCUCCCACCUCGGCCUCCCAAAGUGGUGGCAAUUCCAGGGGUGAUGGCUUUUGGAUGCCUCCCAAAGUGAUGGCUAUUCACGGCGCCCGGCCUGGGAAAUCUUAUUUCCAGGAAAUAUUCUCCUGUUGCGCUCUCCUAGAAAGCAGCACAAUGGGCCUCCCGGCUCCGUGGGAGCGCAGUCCCACCCGCCUGCCCCGCACCCCACCCGCGUACUCUCCACCCCACCCGUUCCCACUCUGUCUGGGUUUUCGGGUGUUCACCAUUGAGGUGGGAGCCACAUCUUCGCCCCGUCACCUAGCGAACCUCACUGAACACUUCUGCCCGACCCCCGCAGCAGCAGCGCGACCGGAUGGCGUGGGUGUCACCACGCAGUGGCCACUCUCACUGCCGCGACGCGCCGGCGGCGGGACCUCGGAGGGGGCGCCCUCGGGGUGCGAGGCCCGGCACUCCGGAAAUCCCCCGGGAGGGAAGGGUUGGGAGAAAUAAAUCCUUUUCUCCAGAGUUGCGCAAGAGCCAGCGCGGUAGGGCCAGGGUGGGAAGGCCAGAGCGGGCGUCCCCGCCAGUGACCCCACGCCGCCCGCCCGCGCCCAACCCGGCCCCCCCCGAGUGUCCGAACCAAAAGUGAAAGGAACCCGACCCCCGCGUCCCCUCCGCGGGUCCGGCGUCGCGUCAGCUUGGAGGUCGCCGCGCGCCUGCGACCCUGCCGGGCCGCUUUGUGACUUCACUCGUUUCGCAACAAGCCCGGGCAGCCCGCGCCCCACCCACUCUGGCCCGGCAGCCUCGCCGCCCGCAACCUCGCUCCGCUCCUCGCGCUUCCCCUCCCUCCCGGGCUGGGCCUGCCCAGGCCGUCGCGGAGCCUCCCUUCCCACCGUCCGUGACUGUCCGCGCCCGGCCGCCGCCUCCAGGCAGCCCGGAGCAACCCGGCGCCCGGCCCCGCUGGGCGCAGCACUCCGUCGGCGGCGGCGGCUGCGCGAUGCUGUGCUUCCUGAGGGGAAUGGCUUUCGUCCCCUUCCUCUUGGUGACCUGGUCGUCAGCCGCCUUCAUUAUCUCCUACGUGGUCGCCGUGCUCUCCGGGCACGUCAACCCUUUCCUCCCCUACAUCAGUGAUACAGGAACAACACCUCCAGAGAGUGGUAUUUUUGGAUUUAUGAUAAACUUCUCUGCAUUUCUUGGUGCAGCCACGAUGUAUACAAGAUAUAAAAUAGUAGAGAAGCAAAAUCAAACCAGCUAUUUCAGCACUCCUGUUUUUAACUUGGUGUCUUUAGUGCUUGGAUUGGUGGGAUGUUUCGGAAUGGGCAUUGUCGCCAAUUUUCAGGAGUUAGCUGUGCCAGUGGUUCAUGACGGGGGUGCUCUUUUGGCCUUUGUCUGUGGUGUCGUGUACACGCUCCUACAGUCCAUCAUCUCUUACAAAUCGUGUCCCCAGUGGAACAGUCUCUCGACAUGCCACAUACGGAUGGUCAUCUCUGCCGUUUCUUGCGCAGCUGUCAUCCCCAUGAUUGUCUGUGCUUCACUAAUUUCCAUAACCAAGCUGGAGUGGAAUCCAAGAGAAAAGGAUUAUGUAUAUCACGUAGUGAGUGCGAUCUGUGAAUGGACAGUGGCCUUUGGUUUUAUUUUCUACUUCCUAACUUUCAUCCAAGAUUUCCAGAGUGUCACCCUAAGGAUAUCCACAGAAAUCAAUGGUGAUAUUUGAAGAAAGAACAAUUCGAUCUCACUCAGUGAAUGUCGCAGGCCAUUUCUAAAAGUGCUACAGAGGACAGACAGGGUUUUGAGGCCACCCUGAUUAUUGGGAUGCAUCUGCAGCACAUCCAGGACUUGAAUUUCGUUACAAGUUCCUAAUAGUUGUACUAUUUCUAAAGAUGUGUUUCCUAGAGAAUGUACAGCCUUAUGACACUGUAGUGAUGUUUUUAUAAUUUUCUAAGUAGACUUUUUUUGUAUUAACAAAUUCAUAUACAGAAAAAAUAAGGUGUUACAAAAAAUGGAGAGCUCUUAUUUUUGUACAGAUUCUGUCGUUUAUUUUUAUUUGUGUGCGAUUUAUGGAAAUACACUAAAUGAGUAAUUUAGGUUCAGUACAUUUAUUACAAAGUGAAAUCAGGGGAUAUUCAUUUGUAAAUUUUAUUCUUAGUGAAUGAACUGUAUAAUUUUUUUAUCAUGAGAGCAUUUAUAAAAUUCAAUUUAUAAAGAUCAUAUACCCAAAUCAUAAAGAUUUAGUUGAUACACUAACACUAAGAUACUCUGAUUUUUAGCCGAACUAAGCAAAGUGCUUCUACUGAGAGGCCUUUAUACCACCAUGUACAGUAACUCUAAGUGAAUACGGAAGACCUUGGUUUUGAAAUUCUGCCACCUUGUUUCUCCCUGCUCAUGAGGCCGCACCUUUUGUUCUUGCUGCUAAUUGCCCAUUCGUAGUGGGUGUAAUUCCAGGUGGAAUGGUUUCAGCAAGUCAGGUGAAAAUCAUCCUUUAUUGUUGCUGGCACAACUUGAUAUAUAGUCUGACUCAAAACUGAAGCUCACAUCUCAAAUUCACUUCAUGCCAGUAAAUGUGGCAAAGAGAAGAAAGGCCCAAGAGCUAGACAAGAAGAAUGGAGAAGGGGGCAGCCAAGAAGAACUUCUGGGUUCAGGGUGCUGUUUAUUUGCUCCUCCUCUUCAUGCCUGUGACUGGAUGUCCCACAACACUAUAGGAAAUAUGAGUCAAGCCCUUUGUGUUAAGCAAGAACUACAGACUCCAUCUUUUCACCCAAAUCAUGAAUGACCAAUAAAAAGCAAGUUAUUCCAGAGGAAGAAACAGCCCUUGAAAUGUUAAGGCUUAGGCUUGAAAGGUGAAGAGCAGGAAUUCUCUCUUUCAAAGACCCUAGAGCAUAAACCCAUGUGUGGCCAAGUGGGAUCAGCCCUCAAGGGCACAUGCCAAGGGCAGAGCAGCCCAUGUAGACAGCUUCAGAGGGCAUGGGGGUGUAUGGAGUUAGGGGUAGCUCCUCAUUAUUUGUUGGGUGAGUAAAGGGGUGAGGCUCAGUGGCAGGUACCUCUGCAAUGACAAGCUGCCUCCCCUCUACGUGUUUAGCAUAUGUUAUUAGAACACGUCCCACACCCCUACCACUGCCAUUUGGGCCCUUUAAUAAGGCCAAGUAGAGAAAUCUGACAAUAAAAGGCAAAUGUAAGCAUGCUUUCUUUAAGAUGCAUCAUAAAUGGUUUUCUUUAAGUGAAUCGAAGAGUUUGACAGAAAAACACCUUUGUAAGAAAACAUUAAGAAUGCUGGCUGGCUGUGGUGGCUCACACCUGUAAUCCCAGCACUUUAGGAGGCCUAGGCAGGAGGAUCGCUUGAGCCUGGGACUUUGAGACCAGACUGGGGAACAUGGCAAAAUCCCAUCUCUACAACAAAAAUACAAAAAUUAGCUGGGUGUGGUGGCAUGUGCCUGUAGUCCUAGUUACUUGGGAGGCUGAGGUGGAAGAAUCACCUGAGCCCAGGAGGUGGAGGCUGCAGUGAGCCAUGCCAAUGCACUCCAGUCUGGGCAACAGAGUGAGACCCUGUCUCAAAAAUAAGUAAAUAAAUAAAUGAAUAAAAAGAAUGCUAAUCAUUUCUGGGUUCACUGUGACUCGUUGUAAUGCUGGGGAUCCCCCUUGUAUCACUGGAACUGAAAGACAGUGACGAAAGCUAUGUCAAGCAUUCAUUAUUCUGAAGAGGAGGAGAAAUGCCACAUACCUUUCCCAUGGGACCUGUGGUGGAAUGAAUCCAUAGUUCUGCCUCACUUCGAGCAGACUUUUGUUCUCAGCACUCCUCACGAUGGAUUUUCAUGCUUCAUUUUCACAUCUCUUCACAAUUAGAUUGGGAGCUCCUUGAGGGCAGAGUAUGUGCCUUUAUCUUUGUAAUGCCACAAUGAACACGGUGCCUCCUGGUACACUCUAGGUGCUUAAGAAAUACUCACUGAAUGCAUGAAUGAAUGAAUGAACAAAUGAAGGAAUGUUUGUAGUAAGGAUGUUUGUAGUGCUAUAAUAUAGAAUGAGAUUUACUCUGCUUUACCAGUUAGUUUCAUAAUAAACACAUAGUCUGUAUCGCCUGGUAA